AUGGUCUAUUCUACAUCGGCUGGCGACGGUCAUGGUGUAUUAUGGGUCAAAUUUCCUCGUAGUGACGGAUACUCAAGGCCACCAGGCUGGAGGGAGGGUAAGAACUGGAAAGAAGUGAAGGACGAUGAACUCUUAGAACCAUACCGUUGGAGAUGGUAUAAAGUAAUUGGAGAGGCGUUGGCUCGUGCUUUUGAAUGGAAUGUGACGGAUCCAACGUCAUGCAUCCUCUCCUCUUUUCCUCAAGGUUAUGUCUUUUACUUCGGUGAUAAACAGUAUAAAAAAAGUCGCAAAGACUUUUAUCUCUGUGGAAACAAGAUCUUCAGAAGCCCCGUCGAAUUCAUUGAACACGCCAUAUGGCUAUACAAAAACCCAAAUCUCACCUCAGAGAAGUGUCGAUGUACAAAGUGUACCCGCACACCACAAAGGGCAAUUACUAAAGACUUGAAAUCAAGAGGUAUCUUCCCGGAAAUCAGUCUAUCGCAGUUGACAAAGCAGAGACGGUCGAACCCCAUCAUACGGACACGAUAUCCAGAUAGUCAACCCACAUUUUCAUCUACUGGCCAGGAAACUCCGACACGAUCCCAGACCAAUCCACCAUCACCUGAAUUUCAAUUCCGAAUUGGAGACCUGGUCGACGUUCUUCUAGAGCAUACUAUUGAAAGUACCAAUCCCAACACAUCCAUUCGCGUCUGGCCCGCAACCAUAGUGGACGUUAUCCCUACGCUUUAUCCCCAGUUACGCGAAGCAGUUGGCUAUAUCUCCACCGGGUCAGACGAAUGUAGUGAUAUCGUGGUUCAAGUCCUCGGAUUUACAGACCUUCAACUCACCCUUCCCCCCGAUGAAAUACUCUCCUACAAUCCUAUUUUCCACGAGUUCCCAUUUUGUGCCACUCAGGCUCUUUCUUUAGGAAUUGUUGGGAAGGACUCGGUUGACCAUGUUCGGGAAUUCGUUUCACUUCCUUCUGAAUUUGAAAGCGCUGUUCCCUUGUAUCAUCACGCUGUACGACUCGCGUCCAAAAUCGCAUCCGAAUGGUCUAUACUUGAGCGAUGCCAAACCACUGGUAAAACCCUCGAUAACGGCGAGACUCUCAUACAAGCGAACUCGGUUUGGCUCGGAGGAGAAGAGCUUCAGGUGGGCGAUUUCGUCAAGGUUGCUCUUCCAAAAGACUCGGACGUUCUCAAUGAACUCGUGAACCCGGGUCCUUCACCAAAACUUGAUGGAAUUUUCGCACAUAUCUACGGGUUUGAUAUCAAGAUAGAUACCCAGGCCCGGGGAGUCUCGGCAGAUCUCAGUGUAUCAGUUGCCCUUUUCAAGCUGGAGCCAGAGGAAAAUGACGGAAAAAAUCGAUGCACGGAGGAUACGGGUCUACCGCCACCACCAGUCGGAUUCUCCUUCCACUUGCUUCACGACUCGGAGGUGUUGAAUGGGGAUUGGAUAACUGGGAGGUAUUACCCGGAUUAUCUAGUUCAGGUAAUAACAGAGAAGCGACUUGGUUUGAGCGAGGAUGAUGAUGAGAUGCUACUGGAGCAGUUGUCUAAAUUCUGGGAAGUGGCGGGGUUGAAGAUGGGACUAGUGGUGAAGAGGCUUUACAUGGAUUGA